UUUUAUUUUACUUGAAAUUUUUUAUUUGCUAAAUAAAUAAUUUAUUCAUAGUUUUUGUUUGAAUUUUAUCAUCAAUAUCAUCAUCAUCAUCAUCAUCAUCAUCAUCAACCAUUAUCAAUCCACUGCAGGAUGAAGGUCUCCCCAAGCCUCUUCCACAGUAUUUUGUUUUGGGCAUUUCGCUUCCAUGUUGUGCCAAGAUGCCUCUUGAUCUCAUCAACCCACCGAAUGUGAGGACGUUUUCUUGGUCGUUUUCGAUCUCUUGAUAUCCAAUCAAGAACUUCAGAUGUCCAGCGAUGGUCAGUUCUUCUUGCAAUAUGUCCAGCCCACUGCCACUUGAGGGAUUUUACUUUAGCGAUGAUAUCGAAACACUAUCUGACUUAAAACGAAAAAUGCUAUUACUGGGAUAUAAUUCUUCAGCAUUUUUAGAAUUGAAUUUAAUGACAAAAUUUUGCAGUCGAGAAUUGCUACUAGCAAUUGGAUGGAUAAUAGCAAGAUGUAAUUUAAUUGAUAUGUUGUCUGCAUCAUUUAUCAAAUUUUCUUUAAUUAAUUGUGAAGAUACAAGUUGCAUUAACAAGGAACAAAAUGUAAAAAAAUUUAAUGAUGUCACUCAAACAUUGGAACAUGUUGAUCAAAUUAUUUGGAAAUUAAGGCAUUUGAAAUUUUCCAUACAUUCUCUUUCUGCAAUUCAACAGCAAAGAAUUAAAUAUUUGCAUGAGGUAAAUAUAUAUGUCUAUAAAUCUUUAAUAUGUAUUAAUAGAGUUGUAUUUAUCUAGAUCUUAAGUAUGUUUUUACUUUUUUUUGGAUAUUACCAAAUUUAAUUUGUUAAUGAAAAAUCAAUUAUUAUAUUUCUUUGAUUUUUAUCUAUUUUUGUUCAUCUAAAAUAGAGAUAUGUCUUAUAAUUUAUGAUGCCUUUACAUUUUCAACCUAAAACAACAAUCAUGACAUAUACUUGUCCUUAGGAGGUUUAGAUCCAUAAUGUCAGUUGUAGACUCAAGGAGCAAUAAAAAUGUUAGAAUGAGCCAAAUGGAGGAGCCAGAUUUCAGACUAUUAAUAGAACUUGUGGGAGGCAGCACACAGAAAACCUACUGGUAGGAUGUAACACCUUUCAGUUCAGUAAUUAAAAGAUAUUGUGUACUCUGGGACUUCUUACUCCUAAGAGAUGUAUCCUACCAAUGGGAGACCAACAUUGGUGGAAGUAUUAAGUGGCAGAUGUUACUACCAUUUUCUUGUGUAUUUAGUCUAUAACUUUAUAACAGUCCUACAAGUAGACAUUUUGGUGUAAUCAAGACCUUGAAUAAAGUUUAAGAAUGAUGUUUUGGGAUAAAGACAGAAUUCAUGUACAGAGAUGGUAUAGAUCUCGUAACAAAUGUGAAGUUCAUAAAGAACCAAAGAUUCAAAUGCAAGGAAAGUUAUAGAGCAGGGGUCUCAAACUCAAAUCAGCAAAGGACCAGUCAAAUAUGUGUAUCAGAUAUGGGCCAUAUUAACAUUACCAUAUAUUCAACAUUACCAUGUUGGUAA